AUGAAUGAAUUUAUUAAUAAUAGUGUUAAAUUAGAUUUUUGGAAAGAGCCAUCAAAUAUUGGAGAAGAUACUCAUGUAAUGGUUGCUAAAGGUCCAAUAUUAGAUGAUUUUCUUAAUCGUCUAAAUAAAUAUAAUUUAAAUAUUCAAAUAAUGAUUGAGGACGUUAACGAAUUAAUUAAAAAACGUCAAAAAGAAAUUGAAGAAAAUAAAGAUGAAGAAGAAGAAGAAAAAAAGCAGAAGGAAAAUAUUAAUUUUCGUCGUCAAAGAGAUGAUCCUUUUAUUAAUUCUUCUCCAAGACUUAAAAAAGCAGCUGCUUUAGGAAGAUUUUCUUUAGGGAAAUAUAAGUCAUUUGCCGAUAUAAUUCAUUAUUUGAAUGCUUUAGCAGUUAAUUAUCCAAAUAUAGUAACUGUACAACCUAUUGGAUCUACACAUGAAGGAAGGCAAAUACCCUUAAUUAAAAUUGGGACAAACAAUAAUUUAAUUGGAAAGCCGGCUAUUUGGAUUGAUGGAGGAAUUCAUGCAAGAGAGUGGGUAUCCCCAGCAGUUGUUUUAUUUAUGAUAGAUCAAUUAGUAAUUGGUUAUGACACUCAACCAUUAAUUAAACAAUUUGUUGACCAAUUAGAUUGGUUUAUUGUUCCUUUAUUAAAUCCUGAUGGUUAUGAAUAUUCUAGAAGUAGUUCUGACCCAGAAAUUCGUCUUUGGAGGAAAAAUCGUUCACCGACACAAUGUACACAAAUAAAUACUGGCCUUUUUACCCCUCCAAAUACUCAAUGUUGUCAGGGUGUUGAUUUAAAUAGAAAUUUCGAUUGGUUUUUUGGGCAAGUUGGUUCUUCUUCAGAUCCUUGUUCAGAAAUAUUUGCUGGAAAUUUUGCUUUCUCAGAGCCGGAAACUCAGUCAGUUAGAGAUUUUAUUUCUCAACAACAAGGAAGAAUUAAAACAUUUAUGACAUUUCAUAGUUAUUCUCAAAUAUUAAUGUAUCCAUUUGGCCAUUCAUUACGUACAUAUCCACAAGAUGUCCAAGAAUUAAGUAAUGUAGCAUUGCGGGCUGCCCAAGCACUGCAAUCAACUUACGGAACUAAAUAUACAGUUGGCACUGGUGCUGAUACUCUGUCCAUGAAAAAUUGGCUGCUUUGCAGCUAUCCGGCAUCUGGUGGCAGCGAAGACUGGGCAAAAGGCAGAAUGGGCGUUAAAUUCUCGUUUUUGUUUGAACUUAGACCCGAAGACAGUGUUUAUGAUGGAUUUUUGUUGCCUGAAAGUCAGAUUGUCCCAACAGCAAGAGAAACUUGGGAAGCAGUUAAAGUGAUUGGGACUUCAACAAUAAAACAAUUCCAACAACCCCAACAACAAAUAUUUAAUGGAAUACAAACAAAUAACAGAGCAAAACGUGUUUGUAGAGAUACGGAUUCUUUGUGUUUAUAUUGGACACAACAAAGUUCAUCAACGUGUCAACAAUGGCCAGCAAUGAAAGAACGUUGUUCUCGUUCUUGCAAUUUUUGUUCAGCUGACGAAGAAAAUUAA